AUGCUAUUUUUCGUCGGAAACACCACAAAAAACUACACAAUCUGCUAUCCGAUUCUCAUUCUGCACAACUUCAAAGUGCUCGAGUUUCCGUGGACUCUACUAUUAUCGAUUGAAAUUGUGCUGCACGUCGUCGCAGCGUGCUAUGUGUUCAAGUGCAUUUACAUAACCGUCUCGAUACGAACGUUUCACAAGAAUAUGACGGCGUUGGUUGUCGGAUUCGCGUGUCAAUGGUUCGAGUCGAUUUUGGCGAAUGCGAUGAGUUGGCCUUAUGAGACUGGGUUCUGGACUCUCAGAGGUAUACUUUAUGCUAUACACUUGAACAACAACCCUUUUCGGGACUGUAUAUCUCAGCUGUCCUAAGAGAUAUCAAAAAGUUGUUAACAGACAAAUUGAUCGUCAAAACAUUUUGUACAUUUCCUUAGUUGACAUCUUUUUGCCAUCUCUUCAGGUGUUUGAGAUACAACACUUUUUCUGGCAGGCCUCGAUCCCUCGCUCUCCGGCGAUGCCAUCAAACAGUGGUGGACUGACGACGAGUCGCAAAUGAUCCACGUGGUCAGCUACCAAGAGGAUAUCUACUUUUUCAUAGCCGGAUUUAUAAAAAUCCACUACCUCAUCUCCAUGUCCACAGUGCUCAUGAUCAUCUCCGUGGAACGCUCGUUCGCCUGCUACUUUCUCAGUGAUUACGAACAAAAGUCCAGGAUUUGGAUAGCCGUUCUGAUCAUUUCCCUUAAUCAGGCCUUCAAUUUGAUUGCCACGAUUUUUCUCUACUUUAAAACGUUUCAUUUUAUAUGGAUGGUUUUGAUCAAUUUCAUUCCGAAUGCUCUAGGGAUCGGGGUAAGUCUACGAAGCUCUACUCUAAAAACCCCUCAUCUUUGAGCGUGUAUAUCUCAAGAAUGCCGGGGUUUUCAAGAAAAUGAUCAACUACAAAGUUGUUAGGCACAAAAAAUGCAACAACUUUCUAGUUGACAAGUUUUUGAAAUAAUCUCUGGAUCUUGAGAUAUAGAGGUUCAAAGAAGUAUAGUCCCGUCUAACUCAAAAAUCCUUUCAGCUCUUACUCUCCGCUCAACACUUCAACCUAAAAGUCACCGAAACCAUUGAGAACUUUGCGAAUCCGAACCAUUACACGCUGGCGGCGAGAUUCCAAGCCAAAGAGAACAUCCGCUGUUUUCAAAUGAUCCGAACGGUGGUGCUGGCCGGUCUGCUCCUCAUCGCCUUCGGCUUCACAAUAGCCUUCAUCCUCUUCUACGACCUUUUCCCCCAACUCGACACCCUUCUCAAUGCGAUGAUUCAGGGAGCGAUGAGCCUAGGACCGCUCGUCAUUUGCCCGACUAUGAUCUAUUCGGUGGAGUCGUGGCGCAAGUUCGAUCUGACCGACAAUAUAUUGAUUUGCAAGCGCGCGAAGGAGCGAAUCGGCAGAAGAAGCGCCGAAAUUAUGCCGAUGCGGAAGGGAAGUGUGAUGAAGAACGAAUUGAUUCGCAAAGACACUGACACUUAUUUCAAUCAGCUCACCGCUUCCUGGACUUGA